AUGUCACAAAAUGGUGUAAAUAACACUAAUCAUAAUAGUAAUAAUAACAAUAAUAAUAAUAAUCAUCAUAAUAGUAGUCAAAAACCAAGACCAUCAACAGAUUCAACAGCAUCUUCAUCUUCACAUAGUAGACAUAGUAGUAGUGGUGGUCACAGUCAUGGUCACGGUCAUCAUGGACAUCAUCAUAGCAGUAGUAGUAGCAGUGGAAAGAGAGAUAGUACAUCAGCAUCACUACCAGGUUCAUCACAGUCACACAAGAGAGCAUCGACUUCAUCGUCGAGUGGAUCAGACUAUGCUUGUCAGCUGCGUCUAAGCAACAAGUUGGCAGACACACCAUUCGAUCCAAAGUUCCUAGUGAUUCCAUCGGAUUUCAAUAAAUUCGUACACUACAAGACAACUUCGCUCGAGAAGAACUAUAAAUACCCGUUGCUAACCGAGCCGAAUCUUGGUAUUCCGAUCGAGUUGAUCGACCCCGAAGUCUACAACAUUCCAAAGACCAAGGUGGCAGUGCCCGAAGAAGAUCAGCCACUGCUUCGCUCGCUCGACGAGCAAGACGCAGAGCUAAGACGUGCACCUAUCAAUCGUGGUUCGGCACUGCUACGUCCUGCCGUAUCGUGGCUGCGUAAGACAGAGUAUCUCUCGUCGCACGACAACCAGAUGGGUCGUCCUGUCAAGCGUGCCUCAGAGUCGAACGCGCCGACCUCCACACAGUCGCCAUACCAACAGCAGCAACAACAGGAUGCCGCCGACAUCGUACUGGUCGAGAACACCUUUGACGCCAUCAACAACACCAACUUUGUUCACCCGACCAAUCCAUCGCUCAAACCGGUCAGCAUUCUCCCGGUGUUCCCAGACUUUGAUCUCUGGGCGAACGACUAUACUGAGACGGUGUUCGAUGCCGAUCCACUCGAGUUGCCACCCGACAACAUGAGAGGCGAGAAAUUCCAUGAGUACAUUCAAGAGCAAGCCUAUAUCAGAUCGAAAGGUAUCAUCAAGGGUAUCACUGAUAAAUUUGUAUAUUACAUUGCACCAAAGAAUCGUGUUGAAGAUAAGAACAACAACAACAAUAACAACAACAGUAGUAGUCUUGAUGAUGAUCUAGAGGAUGAUCAACACCCAUAUAAAAUGUAUAAAGUAUUCACUUCCGAUAUCUUCCAAGCACAAGAAGAAAACUACUUUAUGGUUAUCAAAGAUGAUGGUGUUUACUACAAUCGUUUACCAACUAAAGUUAAUUUAAAGAGAGUUAAAUCAAGAGAUGAUAAGAUAUUGGAAAAGAAGACAAUUGGUAGACCAGAAUUUGUAACUUAUGAAUCAAGAGAAAUGACAAGACAAGAGAUCGAUCAAAAAGAAGAAAGUAUUUCAAAUUUAAUCAAAGAAGAUAGAUCUAUGUUUGCUUCAAUGAAGAAAUAA